AUUUUGUAGGCACUUUCAACAGCUGUAAUUUUGCGCUCGACUUGAUCACGAUUCUCGUAAAUGCACAAAUGACAGCUUAUAAUGUAUUAUAUAUAAAGAGCUAUGAAAACAAGAAGUGCUCUCUCGAUGUUCUGAACUGUGUCAAUCAUAUUCAGAAAUCAUUAGAUCGUGAAAUGGCUCUUAAAGGUCCUAGCUAUUUAGCUGGAUUAUUUCGUCUAACUCCUCAGAUACAGUCAGGGAUUUCUGAAGCCAAACAACCAAAACCGAAAACAUCUUACGAGUCAAUACAACACAACGAAUGUCAAACGACCUUUUAUCGUAGUAUUCCGUCCGUAUCUGAUGACCCGAAUUCCCAAGAAUCCUUACAAAUAACUUCUCCUGAGGCCCAAAAUGUAUUCAAUGAAAAGAUUCCAUUAUGUAUCAUUACACAAAUUGAUAGAAAUUUACCAUGUGCUAAAACAAUGAGAUCUGAAUAUCAUCAUCAGCAAGCAUCAACAUCUCAUUCUACAUAUGAGAAUAGAGAUUAUACAAAUAGUUGUCGUUCUUUAUUAUCAAUAUCUAGUAACAGAGAAAUUAGCGAUAUUGCACCAUCCGUUUUAAAGACACGAAAACACAAGUUGUUAGUUGAAUAUCAAGAAGCGAUAGAACCAAUAACUUCUAUUGAUAUCCCAUUGGAAUAUGAAGAGAAACUUAUUUCUUUAUUGAAAUAAUAUUUUACAUAUAAUAAUAAUAUUGAUACUAAAUGGAUAAUAUUUUGGCAAACUCUUUAUAUUUAUAUACUACUUUCUUGGUAAUCUGUACAGAACUGAUGAUUUUUCUUCUUAUUCUUAUCAUUUAGUGUUCAUGUAAAUAUGAUCUUAAUCAAAUUGUUGGCAUAUUAUCUUUCUAGUAAAGUAUAUUUAUUUAUUUGAAAAUAUAAAUAUUGGUAUGAAGAGGCACCGAAUAGUUAUGCGCCACACAACUCACUUGAUUUAUGUGUGACUUGUGGUAAUGCUUGAAGUGCCCAGACUGAAGCAGGUGGAUAUUUUAGAGGGUCUCACCCGGAGCCUUCAAUCUAAAGAUCUGAUACACAAGGCAGUGAAACAACGUCAGGAGAUAAAGUCCUAUGGUGGCUGGUGACCAACAAUUAAUUCAAACGCCAUUUGUUCCCUCAGGAUCUUGGAGCCCAAGGAUUUCCAUCUUUUCUAGGUGGACUCUCCGUGUCUAUCAAUCCAGCUAAAGAGUCAAGCACUCGGUUUUCGUCCUCUCAAUUCGUAGACAAGAGUAAUGCCGCGAGAAGGCAGUGAAUAGGACUACCCUGUGAAUGGCUAUAUACGCGUGUCAGUGUGAGAGCGUUUCGAGAGGGAGAGCUGAAUCUUCCCACCCUCGACCGUACCAGGGCAUUUGGG